CUUGUCUGUCUGUCUGCUUCUUCUUGCCGUACUUCUUCCUUCCGGGCUUGGCUCGUGUUCUUCGAUACUUGGAUACAUGGCCGCCACAGCUCUCCUCUCCCGGCAUUCUUCUAAUCCGCUCGAGGUGCCGUCGUCGGAUUCGCGCAAUAGGGCAUAUCUCAAGUAUCUCAUGGAGGUCGAGGAGGAAGCCCGCCAUGACGCGGGCGACCAGCCUACCUCCGACGCCUUCAACGUCCCGCAGAUGGAGCAGUACCACACUCAUCUGGCACAGCUCUACCCGAACGCAACUCCUCCCUCUUACACGUACGUCGCCUCCACAAGUCAUGUUGUUCUAGAAGAUCUCGAGAUCCUGGAGGCUGUCGGGGGCACUGAGAGGCCAACGAGGGUGAAGACGGAGCAAGCGGACGAAGUGAUGCUGCUGAGCGACGAAGGGUCUGGGGAUGAAGACAUGGGCAACGAAAUGGAGGAGGAAGAACCAGAGGAGGAAGAAGAAGAGGCUGGCGACGAGACGGACGAGGAGCUCACCAUCUACCUCAAGUCACGCGACGAGCAAGCGGAGAUCGAGGAAGAGAUCCUCGACCUCGAGUCCGCCGUCCCAGCACUGUUGGAGGACUACAAGAUCGUUGACCGCUUAGGUACGGGGACGUUCUCUGCUGUCUACAAGGCUAUCGACCUGGGGUAUCACGACAAGUGGGAGAACUCCGAAUGGCAUGGAAGCCAUCCACCGUCCUCAUCCGCGUACUACCAGACCAUCCGCCACCCGCCUCAUAGCAAGGUCUUCGUCGCCGUCAAACGCAUAUAUGUGACCUCUGGGCCGGAACGAAUACGAAACGAGCUCGCUAUCAUGGAGGACUGCCGGGGCUGUCGACAUGUUUCGCAACUUAUCACUGCCUUCCGACAUCACGACCAAGUGGUCGCCAUCAUGCCCUACCAUAAGAACGAUGACUUCCGGGACUUCUACAAACACCUCCCACUGGAAGGCAUCAAGUCUUACUUCCGAUGCAUGUUCCGCGCUCUGCGCGACAUCCAUGCGCGCGGCAUCAUCCACCGCGACGUCAAGCCCGCCAACUUCCUGUUCGAUCCUCGUACAGGAGUAGGUACCCUAUGCGACUUUGGUCUCGCUUGUAGAAUGGAGAGAGGGCCCGUACUAGGUUCUUGCCUACACACCACGCCGACCAAGGACCACCCUCAUGGAAAACUGAAGUCGCGAACCGAGUUCAAUAUCGACAGUAUCAAAGCAUUGCAGAAAGAGGCGCGACUGCGGAGUGCGGGGACUUCAGACAAAGUCGGUUACCCUAGCAAGGACACCCGGCCCCACUCGAAAGCGAACCGAGCAGGUACCCGUGGUUUCCGCGCGCCAGAAGUCCUGCUGAAGUGUGGCGAGCAGACUGGCGCGAUCGACGUCUGGUCUGCGGGGAUGAUCCUGUUGUUCUUUCUCACCAAGAAGUUCCCAAUCUUCAACUCGAACGACGACACCGAGGCCCUCAUCGAGAUUGCGACCAUCAUUGGCCGGCGCCGUAUGGAGAAAACGGCGACCCUGCACAGUCGCCUGUUCCAAUCAAACAUCCCGUCGCUCUCGCAGGACGGCAUCUCGUGGAGAGAGUUCGUCGAACGGCAGAACCCUGAGCUCCGUGUCCCUCCCCCUCCGGACGCGAACUACUACCCGUAUACGCUGCCCGAUCGCCGGCCGCGGACACGCCCCCCGCCUUCGUCGUCGUCCGGGUACUCUCCCGGGCGCUCGUCCCCGUCCGAACGAGGACAUUCGCCUACCCCGUCGGAGGUCGAACGGCAUUAUGCAGACGUCGAUGACGCGCUCGACUUCCUGGAGAAGGUCAUGGAGCCCGAGUCGGUCAAGCGGAUGACACCGCGCGCGGCGUUGUACCACCCCUUCCUGCGCGACCCGGACGGGCGAGACGACGACGAGUUUGUCCCGCAUCCGUUCGGCGGCGGCGUGUGCAGGGAUCUGCAUUUUGUUGAUGAAGACGACGACUACUGCGUCCGCGUCAAGGUGGACGGCGGCAGGGACGACGAGUGGGCGGUUCGCAAGGUACAUCCCGGAGAGGGGCUCGCGAUCGGCCGCCAGCCAUGCGUGUUCCACAAAGAUUUGCUGUUAUAGCAAAUGUAGUGCAUAAUUGAAUCCGCAGUUUACUCUAUAUAUA